GAAAAAUCAGGUAGUACACAGAUAAAGUAUGAAGGUAAAGCCUCCCUCUCUGCUCAUUUCAGCUCCCCGGGAGCCCACCCCUGUUGGCAGUCUUUGCUCUAAUCCUGUAAGUCAGUUACAGAAUUUCAUGUGGAUACAUAUAUACAAUGAUUAAUUAAAAAUACAAUGACCUGGGUCUGCUCUGUUUCAGACGUGCUUAUAUCAAAAUCUACUUGGUACUUUUAUGUUUUUAUUGCAUCUGCUUCAUUGGGAGUAGAUAGGCAGCCUGUGACACCUCCCAACAACUGAACUUUGAAUUCUCAUAGGGACACGGUGAAAAUGACUAAAAGUCAAUAGUGCAGCAGUGUGCAACUGUCUUUAUGGUAUGUUGUAGCUUUCGCACCAUUAAGAAAACUGAAGGUGUGGGGCAGAGAGUGCUUAGUGCCAGGCAAAAUAAUCGCACACUAUAGUGAUUUAACUGGAUGCUGAUCUUUUAGCCUCUGUCUUGGCCCUUUAGAGUGUAGUUUAUCUCUUAAAAUGAAGUAAACAAGGUUGAAAUUCUAGCAUUACCAAUUUCUGUAUGACUGUGGCAAGUAGCUUAAUUUCUCUUUGCCUCAGUUUCCCUGUAUGUAAAAUGGGGACAUAGUCGUGCCUAUCUCAUGGGGCUUGUAAGAAUGAAAAGACACAGUGACAUAAAGCACCUACUGGGUGCUUAGUACAUAUUAGUGAUGAAGGGUUCUGUCACUAUGGUAAAUUAUUACCACUUGUAUUUAAUAAUUUCAUCUUACAAAUAGGCCACGAGUUGUGUGUUUUUGUGUGUGUGUGUGUGUGUGUUUAAAGAGAACUGACAACUGAGUCAUCUAUAUUCUAGGGUGGAGAUAUAAAGCAUUCUUCACUACACUGAGAAUGUAACUCUCAGCGAAUCCUGUUAGGAAUAAAAAAGCCUUCCGUGUGGUUGGGCAUUCCUCCUUUCCCCUUUCCUGAGAUCGUACCAAGAAAAAGAAGAAACAUAAGUGGGUGAAAUACAUUUGAUGUUUGCCCACAUAACAUUAAGAGCUGACUGUUGGUUUCUAGAGGAAUAUGAAAAGAUUAUUUUGAAGUGAAUAGCUUUUAUUGUAUUUGUAAAUACAGUGGAAACAUUUCGUGUUUGAAUUCUUCAAUCAAACUCUUAGAGAGUCUCAUUUUAAUAACAUUUAUGGUCUGAUUAAUAAGUCGGUACAUUGUAGAGUGAUUGGAAAUUCAGAAAAACAUAAGGAUGAAAAUUAAAACCCUGUCUGAUCCCAGUGGUGUGACUGUUAACAUUUUGGCAUAUUUUCAAUAUAUUUUAUGUAUUUAAAACUUGUUUGGGAUUAUAUGCCUUUUCACCCCUACAGUAGCCUGUAUUUUUCAUUUACUAACUUUAUCAUUAAAUGUUCUUUCACAACGUCAUUUAAAAAAAUAACUGUGUGGUGUCCUACUGUAUGGAUAUUCUAUAACUGAUUUAAAUCUGUUAUACAUUUUGGGACAUUUAGGGUUAUUUUCAGUUUUUCACUGUGGCAAACAUCAGUGAGGCUAAAUCUAUCCAUGAUAUAGUUUAUUUCCCCUGUAACAGAUGCUCAGAACAUUUGGUGUCAUUCUUGUAAUUAUUUUCCAAUGAUAUCUUUUUAAAUUUUUCAUUUUUUUAUGCACCAGUGAGGGUGAUCCUGUUUAUCCACUCUCCAUAUAUUUAGUAGAAAUUACUUGGUGUUCUUUUGUGAAUUGUCUAUUUAGAACCGUUGUACAUUUUGGUCAGAGUAUUGGUCUUUUCUUGCAGUGCAAAAGGUUAUUUAUAAAGGAGGGGUAUUAACUCCCUGUCAGUUAUAGAGGUUUUCUUGUUCUACUUGUGUGAUCAUGACCAGUUUAAGAAAUACUUAUUUGACAAAUGACUGACAAUAUUUGGAAGAUAAACAUAUCUUUAUUCUCUGGUGCAUCGAUUCUUUAAGUUUUUUUUUUUCAUGCUCUCUUCAGUCACCCCUGUAUAAACAACAGUCAUAUAAUUUAGAAAUUGUUGAAUGAAAAGUGUAGGUAGGAUUUUGUAUUCUGACUUAAGAGUCAUGUGUCUGAUUCUGCCUAAGGAAUGUAGCACCAUUUACAUACCAUAUUCCCGAGAAGCCAAAUGUGUUCAAAAUAAACUACCAUUUGUACCUGCUUGGGUCUGCUCCCCUCCUUGACCUCCCACCAAGAUUUGAAAUGACAGAAAUAGUAAUAAUUAUUACUUAUCCGACAAUUGUCUUGGUCAACAAAAAAACCCAAUAGAUUUUAUGACUCCAUAGAUACAUGGCAUCUGUGAACACCUGAACUGUUCACCUAUUUAAGAUCCUUCCCACCAAUGUGCCUUUCCCACUGCCAUCCCUAGAAGAUGGAAUCCUAUGGGACAUCUCUUCUGACCCCCACCUUUCCCUUGUCUCCUUGGCAGCUGCUUCUUGAAGCUCUCCUGGGCACUCUCCUCUCCUGCCUUUGUUUGGCAUGCUUAUUGAGGCCUGCCACAUAGUCAGGGCUGCCAGACAUUUCUUUCCAGCCACCCAGGCCACACUGGAGAAAAUCAGUAAUGUGCAUCUUCUCUGGGUCUUGCAUUCAAAUCGCUAUACCGCAGAUAUUUAAGCACCCCUUAUGUGCUAGACCACAGGGCUACAAAUAGGAACAAAAUAGGGGUUAUGUCCUGAAAGAGGAAAGUGCCUUUGGGGGGUGCAGACACUUAGGCAGGCAAUGGCAGUCUCAGGGACAAAUACCCCAAGGGUUAUUUUGUAUUGUUUUAAGAAGGGAGGGGAGGCAGGAGAGGCAGUGGUUGUGGCCCUGUGUCCUAGCCACUUGUAUAUCCACGCCUUCAGGACUGGGCCUUCCCUCCCUGUCCCAGCAUCUAGGAGAGAGGAAGGACUGUCAACCGAGUUUUGCUUGUACCAAUAGGGUGAUGUGGUACAGUGGUCGAGAGAAGAAACUUGGAAUUGGUAGAUCUGGGGUCAGAACUGGGAAAUGCCAUUAGCAGAUUCAUGAGGCAAAUGACUGGAACCUCUUGGAGCCUCAGUUUCCUCCUCUGAACGGUGGGGACAAUGCCUUCUUAUGGGCUGUGGUGGUGGACAGAGGAGAGAGUAAUAAUAGUGCCUGUUAGAGAAAUAGUGCUCACUACCUGCCGGGUUUAUGUUGCCUCAUGCGUGGAAGAGGCCUCCUCCAGAUCCUGAAAACUGGAACUGUUUUGGCUGCUCCUGAGGUCAGAAAAGCAUUGAGAAAGGAAUGAUCUUGUCUGGUUCCCUGGUGGUGAGAGGUGUUGCCAGGUUGUGCCGUCUGGGGUGGGUGGAGCCAGAAUGAACAACCUCCUUGUCCAGAUUCUCAGCACUGCAGAUGGGAAGGUGAACGUGCCCUGCACGGGCCUGACGGCGAGCCUCUUCUCCAUCCCCUCCCAGGAUGGACCCGAUAGCUUAUGCUGAGCUGUUGAAAGAAUCUGGCAACCAGGUUUUUAGGAAUGGGAACUUCUGUUUGGCCAUCAGAAAGUACGAUGAAGCCAUCCACAUUCUCCUGCAGUUACACCAAUGGGGGGUUCCCCCGAGGGACUUGGCUGUGCUGCUGUGCAACAAAUCCAAUGCGUUUUACAGCCUUGGGAAGUGGAACGAGGCGUUUGUUGCUGCCAAGGAAUGUCUCCAGUGGGAUCCAACCUACGUGAAGGGAUACUACCGAGCUGGUUAUUCCUUGCUGCGGUUGCGCCAGCCUUAUGAAGCAGCUCGCAUGUUUUUUGAGGGUCUGCGGCUUGUGCAGAGCAGUCAAGACCAGGCACAGGUUGCUGAUUUCCUUGUUGGAGUCUUCACCACUAUGAGCAGUGACUCCAUUGUUUUACAAAGUUUCUUGCCCUGCUUUGAUAAUAUUUUCACGACUGGAUUCUCAACAGAAGUGUGGCAAUCUGUAAUAGAAAAGUUGGCAAAGAAAGGAUUAUGGCAUUCAUUUCUACUUCUGGCAACGAAAAAAGACCGACUACCAAGAAAUAUCCAUGUCCCAGAGUUAUCACUGAGAACUCUCUUUGAGAAAUAUGUCUACAUUGGACUUUAUGAAAAAAUGGAACAUGUUCCUAAGUUAGUCCAGUGGCUCAUCUCCAUCGGUGCAAGUAUCGAGACUAUAGGACCAUACCCUCUUCAUGCCCUCAUGCGACUCUGUAUCCAAGCGAGGGAAAACCGUCUUUUCAGGUGGUUAAUGGACCACAAGCCUGAGUGGAAAGGCCGCAUCAACCAGAAGGAUCAGGAUGGCUGCACCGUCCUGCACAUCGUGGCCGCCCACUCCCCAGGCUACCACAUCAAGCGACAAACAGAAGAUGUGCAGAUGCUCCUGCGCUUUGGAGCAGAUCCCACUUUGCUGGAUCGACAGUCUCGGUCUGCUGUGGAUGUCCUGAAGAGGAAUAAGAACUUCAAAGCCAUCGAGAAAAUCAACAGCCACUUGGGAAAGCUGACUAUGUGUUCUAAGGACUUAUCAGGAUUCAGCAAUGGCGAUGGGCCCAUUAGUGAGAGCGACGUUUUCAGGAAGGCCUCGGAGCAGCUGGUGAAGUACAUGAACUCAGAAAACCAGUUAUUGCAUAAAAACUUCCUGAAGCAAGAGGUAGUUCAGAGGUUCUUGUGCCUCCUUUCUUCUCUGCAAGAAAUUCCUCCUGACCUGGUCUGUGACAUUAAUCGAGACUGUGCCAAUACCUUCAUCAAGUUCUUACUGGAAAAACAGAAAUGGCCAGAAGUGCUUCUGCUACUGACUGGCAAAGUAAGCGGGAAGCCACCGCUUAGAGAUUGCCUCAUCAAAGACUGCAACUUGUCAGACCUAGACAUCUGUACCAUCAUCCCCCACCUCUGUGCCUGGGACCGGCGGAGGACUCAGCUCCUGGGCUGCCUGAUAGACGGUGGAGCCUCGCCUGAGGGUCUCCAGGAGAGCCGGGAUACACCACUUGUCAUGUGCCUGAAACACAAGGACUUUGAGUUGGCUUUCCUUCUCCUGACCAAGGGUGCAGAUGCCCGUGGUAUUUCUCUAACAGAAGGUGAUACUCCUUUGCAUGCGGCACUCUACAUUUUUCUAGAUAUGAAAGCUGACAUCGGUUUUAGCUUUCUUAGUUACCUGUUGGAUCUGUUCUGGUUCAAUCCCACCGAAUUUUAUUACCUCAACCCCAACAUCCAGGAUAGCAAUGGGAACACGCUGAUGCACAUCCUCUUUCAGAAAGGCAUGCUAAAACGCACAAAGAAGCUGAUAGACCUGCUGGUAAAGUUUGACAUCAACUUCAACCUGAAGAACAAAGAAGGCAAAGAUGCACGGCACCGGAUUAAGAAGACUGACUCUUUGCUCUUGGCCUGGAACAAAGCUCUGAUGGAGAACAAGCGAAGAAGCCGACAAGACCCUGCUGCUCACCUGGGGAAACCCCCAAGGUCUGCUACCCCUGGUCAUAUGUCUCAGCUUAAGUCCCAGGGUUCUUUCAGAUCACUUCCAUGCAGCACCACUGUCAUAACCUCAUCUGAAGGAGGUGCAGUCCCUGACAGUUGGGAGACUCUCCCAGAUGCCCAGGUGACCAGGAAGGAGCCACACUGUCUGAGAGAUCGCCUUGUGCAGGACAUCACAGUUUUGAUUCAAAAGGUUGAAGUGGAUACAUCCGUCCCAGAGGACUGUCCCCAGUGCUCUGAGCUACUGGAGACAGGAGCUGGCAUGGAAGGAAAGAAAGAUGAGCUCCAGCAAACCCUGGAUGCCGGGGGCUCUGACUGUACUGGGAACAAUCCUCCUGUCCCUGAGGCAGGGGAAGGACAUGCUCAGGCUGGCCUUGGGGCCUUGCAGCUUGUUCCUGCUAGUAAUAGACAGAGGGAGGGCAGUGAUGAUCAGGGUGACUGGAGCAUGCAGGAGAUCGAGGCUUGCCUCCAGGACUUUGAUAACAUGACCUGGGAGGUUGAGUGUACUUCAGAAAUGCUGAAGAAGCUGUCCAGUAAGGUCAUGACCAAGGUCAUAAAGAAGAAAAUUAUCUUUGCCAUUCAGCAGCUGGGGAAUGGUGAGUGGACCCAGGGCCUUCAGAAGCGAUUGAAGCACCUGAAAGGAAACAUCCAGCUCUUUGAAGCUAAGCUAGACAAAGGAGCCCGGAUGCUGUGGGAGCUUGCUAUCGACUUCUCCCCUCGAUGCAGUGAGAAUCCAGAGAAGAUUGUUGCUACAGAGUGGAACACAUACUCUAUGGAAAAGUCAGGGCGAGUCUACACAGAAAUCAUCCGGAUUUGGGACAUCGUCUUAGAUCACUGCAAACUGGCAGAUUCCAUCAGGGCCAUUUGCAGUGCCUACAACCGGGGCUUGUCCUGUGUCCUGAGGAAGAAGCUGAAAGGUAUCAACAAAAGCCAGGUGUCAGCUAACAUGAAAAUCCAAAAGCGUAUACCCCGCUGCUAUGUAGAGGACACAGAGGCAGAGAAGAGUAGGGAGCAUGUUGAUCCCGAGUACUUUCCCCCAGCCAGUGCAGUGGAGACAGAGUAUAACAUCAUGAAGUUCCACAGCUUCAGCACCAACAUGGCGUUCAACAUCCUCAAUGACAUGACAGCGACGGUGGAGUACCCCUUCCGGGUGGGCGAGCUGGAGUACGCUGUGAUCGACCUCAACCCCAGGCCACUGGAGCCCAUCAUCCUCAUUGGGCGGAGUGGCACUGGGAAGACAACCUGCUGCUUAUACAGGUUGUGGAAGAAAUUCCACGUUUACUGGGAAAAGGCUGAGCAAGCAGGCAGCCCAUUACUGGACAAACAGAUCUUGCCGAAGAGAAAGUUGGAAGUGGAACCUGGAAAAGAGGGUCCAAGUGGGGAGGAGGAGGAAGAUGAUGAGGAAGAGGAAGUUUCCUUCAAAGUGAAAACAGUAGACAGCAUACAUGAGGGGCUGGAGAGCAAAGCCUGUGCAGGUGGAGCUGGUGUGGAGCCUGUAGGGGUCAGCCAAGCAGCAGACGUAUGUACACCAGGACAUCCCCACCAGCUGGAGCAUUUACAUCAGAUCUUUGUGACCAAGAACCAUGUCCUGUGCCAGGAGGUACAAAGGAAUUUCAUUGAGCUUUCCAAGUCUACCAAGGCUACGAGUCACUACAGACCACUGGAACCCAACAUUCACAAACUCCAGGACCUGAGGGACGAGAACUUUCCUCUGUUUGUCACUUCCAAACAGCUGCUCCUCCUGCUUGAUGCUUCUUUGCCAAAACCGUUUUUCCUGAGAAAUGAAGAUGGAAGCUUGAAAAGAACCAUUGUAGGAUGGUCCACGCAGGAAGAGUUGCCCAUUCCCAAUUGGCAAGAGGAUGAGGAGGAGGCUGAAGUGGACGGGGACUACAGUGAGGAGGAUAAAGCUGCAGAAGUGCGUGCAGGUGACAGUGACCCACGGGUGUAUGUGACGUUUGAGGUGUUCACCAAUGAAAUAUGGCCCAAAAUGGUCAAAGGAAAGACCUCCUACAACCCUGCACUGAUUUGGAAAGAAAUAAAAUCUUUUUUGAAGGGUUCUUUUGAGGCCCUUAGCUGUCCCCAGGGGAGACUCACUGAAGAAGCAUAUAAGAAAUUGGGGAGGAAACGGUCCCCCAAUUUCAAGGAAGACCGGAGCAAAAUCUACAGCCUUUUUUGUGUAUAUCAGCAAAUCAGAUCCCAGAAAGGUUAUUUUGAUGAGGAAGAUGUUCUGUACAACCUAUCCCGGAGGCUGUCCAAGCUCAGGGUACUCCCAUGGUCCAUCCACGAGCUCUACGGUGAUGAGAUUCAGGACUUUACUCAAGCUGAGCUAGCACUGCUGAUGAAAUGCAUCAACGACCCUAAUGCCAUGUUCCUCACUGGGGACACGGCCCAGAGCAUCAUGAAGGGUGUGGCCUUCCGCUUCAGCGAUCUGCGCUCUCUGUUCCACUACGCCAGCAGAAACAACAUAGACAAGCAGUGUGCUGUCCGGAAGCCCAAGAAGAUCCACCAGCUAUACCAGAAUUACAGGUCCCACUCAGGAAUCCUCAAUCUGGCAUCUGGAGUAGUAGACUUACUUCAGUUCUAUUUCCCAGAAUCUUUUGAUCGCCUUCCGAGGGAUUCUGGCCUCUUUGAUGGUCCCAAACCAACUGUCCUAGAGUCUUGUAGUGUAAGCGACUUGGCAAUUUUGCUACGAGGGAAUAAAAGGAAAACCCAGCCCAUUGAAUUUGGAGCUCACCAGGUAAUCCUUGUAGCCAAUGAAACGGCAAAAGAGAAUAUUCCAGAAGAGCUAGGGUUAGCACUUGUGCUAACAGUUUAUGAAGCAAAAGGCUUAGAAUUUGACGAUGUCCUCCUUUACAACUUUUUUACUGAUUCUGAGGCUUACAAGGAAUGGAAGAUCAUUUCCUCAUUUACACCUGCAUCAUCUGACUCCAGAGAGGAAAACUGGCCAUUGGUUGAAGUGCCCCUGGAGAAGCGGAGCUCCUUUCAGAGUCGGUCUCUCAUGGUGAAUCCAGAAAUGUACAAGCUCCUCAAUGGAGAGCUAAAGCAGCUGUACACUGCCAUCACACGGGCUCGGGUCAACCUCUGGAUCUUUGAUGAAAACCGGGAGAAACGGGCUCCCGCGUUCAAAUAUUUCAUUAGAAGAGAUUUUGUCCAAGUUGUGAAGACAGAUGAAAAUAAAGACUUUGAUGAUAGCAUGUUUGCUAAGACCUCAACUCCUGAGGAGUGGAUUGCCCAAGGUGAAUACUAUGCCAAGCACCAGUGCUGGAAGGUUGCAGCCAAAUGUUACCAAAAAGGAGGUGCAUUUGAGAAGGAGAAGUUGGCCCUGGCCCACAACACUGCCCUGAACAUGAAAUCUAAGAAAGUCAGCCCAAAGGAAAAGCAGUUGGAGUAUUUGGAACUGGCUAAGACCUAUUUGGAGUGCAGUGAGCCAAAGCUAUCCCUGAAGUGUCUGAGCUACGCCAAGGAGUUCCAGCUCUCUGCCCAGCUGUGUGAGAGGCUAGGAAAGAUAAGAGAUGCUGCGUAUUUCUAUAAGCGAAGCCAGUGCUACAAAGAUGCUUUCAGAUGCUUUGAGCAGAUUCAGGAAUUUGAUCUAGCACUCAAAAUGUGCUGCCAAGAGGAGCUUUUUGAAGAAGCUGCUAUUGCAGUGGAAAAGUAUGAAGAAAUACUAAGGACCAAGACCCUUCCCAUUUCCAAGCUCUCCUAUUCUGCCAGUCAGUUUUACUUGGAAGCCGCAGCAAAGUACCUUAGUGCAAAUAAGAUCAAGGAAAUGAUGGCUGUCCUCUCGAAGCUAGAUAUAGAGGACCAGUUGGUGUUCCUGAAGUCUCGGAAAUGCGUAGCAGAAGCUGCAGACUUGCUGAACAGGGAAGGUCGGAGAGAAGAGGCUGCUCUGUUGAUGAAGCAACACGGCUGCCUCCUGGAGGCUGCCAGGCUUACUACGGACAAGGACUUCCAGGCCUCGUGUCUGCUGGGGGCUGCCCGCCUUAAUGUGGCCAGGGAUUCUGAUGUGGAACAUACCAAGGCCAUUCUGAGAGAAGCACUUGACCUUUGCUAUCAAACCAGCCAGUUGUCCGGCAUCGCCGAGGCCCAAUUCCUGCAAGGGGUAAUUCUGAGAGACUUUCAGAAGCUCAAGGAUGCCUUUUUCAAGUUUGACACACUCAACCACUCAGCUGGAGUGGUGGAAGCGCUCUAUGAAGCAGCCAGCCAGUGUGAGGUCGAGCCUGAGAAGGUUCUGGCCCUGGCUCCAGAGGGCUUGGAAGUCCUCCUCAAUCUAGUCAGGGCCCUCAAAAGAGUGACUAACAAUGCUGAGAAGGAAAUGGUCAAAUCUUGCUUUGAGUUUUUUGGGAUUUCCCAGGUGGAUGCCAAAUAUUGCCAGAUUGCUCAAAAUGACCCUGGGCCUAUAUUAAGAAUAAUUGUUGACCUGGAUUUAAACUUGAGAGAGAAGAAGACAAAAGACCAUUACUUGAUAAUGACUGACCAGGUGAAAUUAGCCUUAAACAAACACCUUUUGAGCAGGAUGUGUCAGAUUACACAGAGCUUGCUUGGGAAGACCUACCCACGGGUCUGCACGAGGUUUCUUGUAGGCUUAAAAUGUGAGGAGGAAAACUGCGAUGCUUUUCACAGGCCUCUGCGGCGUUGUGAGGCCAAGUGUAUGGUUCAGUCGAAAAUGUACCUAGUGGCAAUUAUCGGAUUGCUUCUGGAAGCCAAAAAAGUAUUCCCUAAAAUUUUAGCUGAAGAACUUGAAGAAAUUGAUUAUAUUUUAUCUACAGAUAUGUAUGGACCUUGCAAAUCCUUACUGAAUGUCCUCUUCCCUAAGCAUUUCCAUCAGAGAGUGUUGUCAGAAAACCCCAUGGCAUGCAAAGAAAUCCUCAAACCACAUUACAAAUCCUUCCGAUCCUACAGGUUUGCUUUGAAAGAAUACAUCUACUUUCUGUUUCAAAAUGAAAAGGCACGCAGCCGCCGGGAAUCCACAGACCUGUGGCUUAGUGCCAUGCAAGCUUUCCUUCUGUCCUCCAACUAUCCGGAGGAGUUUGAAAAGCUGCUCCACCAGGAGGAGGACAACUACAAUAGGGAGCUCAAAGCUCUAGAGUCUGAAAAAGAGGACAGGGGCAGGGGGAGAGGUAGCAGGAUUAAAGGAAUAGAAGGUAAAUUUGGCAUGCUGGCACCCAAUAAGGAUGAUGAAAGUACAGAGAAGACCCACUUGUGUUUCUUCCGGCUGCUGGAGAAUUGCAUUGACCAGUUCUAUGUGUAUAGAAACCCAGAAGACUACAAAAGGCUCUUUUUCCGUUUUAUGAAUGUCCUCGUCAAGAGGUGCAAAGACCCACUCAUCCCCAGCAUUGGAAACACAGUGGCUGUGUUGGAGUUCCAGUUUGUCCACUGCGGGGUGGUGCUGGCCCGUCUCUGGAAGAAUGCCAUCCUGUGCCUCCCCAAGAGCUACAUUGCGCUCUUGCACUACUGGGAGUUCCUGUUUAGCAGGAAAGACAAAGAGUUUGGGGACGUGUUCUCCAUAAUUCAGGAAUACAAACCGAAGGAUGUGACAAGAGCCAUUCAGGAUUUCCGGUUCCACCUCUCCUAUCUUGUCAAGGUGCUAUGUGGCUAUGAGAAUGUGCACUUCAACGUUCUGCUUGAUGCCUUCAGUGAAAUCAACUGUGUGGUCUCAGGCGAGGCAGAGCGGACACUGGUGCUGUGCUUGGUGAUGCUAGUGAAUGCUGAGGAGGUCCUGCAGCCAUCCUGCAAGCCUCUCCUGUACCGCCACUUCCAGGAGAUCGAGACGAGGCUACAGCUCAUGAGCAUGGACUGCCCAGACCAGGUUCCCGAGAGGCUCCUAAAGGUGGUGAGGCGGGUGUUGAUGGCGGUCACUGUGAAGUCUGUGGCUGAGGCACUGCAGGACCUGCUCUUUGAGCGGGAUGAAGAGUACCUGAUGGACUGCCACUGGCGGUGGGACAGUGUGCAAACCAAAGGAUCCAUGUUCCGCGGCCUCUAUCAUGAGGAGGUCAGACUGAAUCGCUUGCUCUGUAUGGACCCUGUGGACUACUUAGCUGAACCUGAGUGUGACUUUGGUGAGGAUGAGACAGAUGAGCUGGCAUUAGAAGACCGAGACUACCUCCUGGCCGCCAUCUUUUCUCAAAAGCAGCGGAAGGCCUCCAUACAGCGAAAGUUGAGGAGGGCGUGUCUGGUGGUGUCUCUGUGCAUUAGCUGGAGGAGAAGGGUGGGCACCCAGGCAGAACACAUCAGGGAGGCCAGGGAGCCUGGGGCUGGGAAUUUCAAAAGGGCUGAUGUGGACAGGACUCAGUGUGACCUCUGUGGGGUAAAGUUCAUCCGCAGCCCUGAGAACUAUUUCAGCCCCAGCAAAGCAUUUGAGGGAGUGGCUUCAGAGGCUGUGAUCCUUUCCAGGGCUGAGCUGGAAGAGAAGGAGUGUCGGGAGAGGAACAGCGAAUCUUACGAGCAGCACAUCCACCUAGAAGGCCACCAGAGGCAGCAAGUGGCCUACCAGAAAUAUUCAGAAUUUUUCCUUGAGAAGGUAGACCCAGCCAUUGAUGAAGGCAAGCUGGUGGUGCAGGACAUCGAGCAGAGCGUGUGGAUCCACAGUCACCUGGGCUCUAAAGAGCACAGCCACAUGCUGCAGAGGAAGGUCCAGGAGAAUAUCAAAAGGGUCUCAGAUAUGGUGGAGGACCUCUACAGACGGAAGGCCUGGGCUGGUGCGGAGGAGGCAAUGACUCGGCUGGUCAACAUUCUGAUCCUGUCAGUCAGGCGUGCACGAGAGUGGUUGAUGAAAACAGAGCUCUGCUUAAAGGAGGAAGGUGUCGUUCAGGAAGAUGAUUAUGAAAAUGAAGUUGAAGACUUUGGUGAGCUCCGUCCUAGGAGGCGUUCACGGAAAUGUGGAAAGCAGAGAAAAUACUAACAUCCACAUCCACACAGCUGCUGCCUCCUCAACCUUUAGAACAUUCCAUCCUGACUUAGAAUUCUGAGUGCAGGGGGGCCCAAGGGUAAAAGAAUGUGAAUUAGCAUUACAGAAAUGAGUAGGGGAGUCUGCUAAGGCCUUUGCUUUUUGUUCUUGUUAUUUGUCUUUCAGUGGUCGCUUAGGGUCUGAUUACUCCCUCAUCUGCAGGAACCUCUUAAGUGUUUCCCAAGUAAAGUCUAACAGUAUUAGUUCCUCCUGCGAAAUGUGUAGAUUAGAGGAGUUGUAGUUGAAGGAAACAUUGGGACUUCUCCUUUCAAAGUCCCCAGGCUUUCUGGCUCAUCCUUAUCCUGAUAUGAGUCAAUAGCAGGGGACUAGGCAUUUAAGACAGACUCCUCUCACCUCAGAGUUGCCGCUGCUCUGGACCAGAAAAUCCCUCUAUGGACCCCUCAUCUCCUGUCACCCUACUGCAACAUUAAGCAGUACAAGAGCUGUGUGGGCCCUACCACCAGCCACCGUGAGACCAGGCCGCAUUCAGUUAUCUCUGGUUAUGUCUACAUUUGUAGUGUAGUUUCUUCCAUUAUAAAUGUUAGCCGUUCCUCUCUGUGGCAACUUUUCUGCCCUUCCUUCCUCCGUUUCUUGUGACCAUUCUCAGCUGCCUGUGCAAGUCACGUUUAGACUACCUCAGAAUGUAGUCAAGAAUUCGCCCAGAGGUGAAAGGCUGGGGAAUGUUGCUGGGGGCAUUCCCGGCUCACCUCUCCAAGGUGGUCUUAACUCUGCCUUGGUUGUGGUUCAGACAUUCUGAAAAGUGUUUUUUAUGCAGCCCUAUAUAUCUAGUUUUCUUGGUUUUCCCUGGCAUGUUUGCCACUCUAGCUUAGGUUGACAUUCUGAUGAGUUUCUCCCCGCUUAGCUCACCAUGGUAGGACCAUGACCUGCAGAGCCGCAGGUCAGUUAAGAGCAAGUGGACAGAGGAGGAAGCCAGCCCUACAGUGCCAAUCCGUGCGGAUUUGGCUGUGAAUCACUGCCACUUGGCUGGUCAACCCUGUGAGAGGGCAGGGUGUAGGCCUUUCUGUAGGAGGCCAUUGCUUCCCCCCUCCAUCCACUGAGCCAGCAGCCCUCAGUGUGGUCCCACUUGGGAAGCCUUCUUGCCUCUCUGAGGGUCACUGCCCACCCUUACCCCACCUCUCUGCUCAGCCUGGUGUGGAAAGGUCAGGUUCACACUGGUCUUUGAUUUGUCUUCACAACAGAACCAACUUUUCCCCCGUGUUGCUGCUGCUUUUGCUGCUGAUUGUUUUAUCUUCAUUGUCUUUCUAAAUGCCUCUGCUCUCUUGAAAUGUUUGUUUCUAAUUUUUAUUAGGUUAUGUUUCUAAGUUUUAUUCCAGGUGUUUUUUAUAAACUUGACAGAACAAAAAAGAAGAUCCCAAUCAAAUCUUGCUGUAUUAUUGCAUUUUUAUAAAGUUAAAUCAUUUCUCUUAC